AUGCCAAAAAAUAAGAAUGGAGAUGAAGUGCCGAUACCACCAAAAGAUGAGGAGGAAUUAAUGUUGGAGAAAUUAGUAUUUGGGGAUAUAGCGGGAUUAGAAAAUAAUUUGAGAAAAGUUGGAAGUCUAUUUGAUUUUGAUGAAGAAGAUGAGGAAGAAGUAGUAGAUAAUGACGAAAGUGGAGAAGAAAGUGAAGACAUAGAUGAUGUACAGGAUGAAGAUUUGUUUUACAUUGAUGACGGGAUUAAUAAAGAAGAAGAUAGUGACGAUAUGGAGGUAGAUGAUGAAGAAGAACAAGAAUCAUCAGAAGAUGGAUUAGACGAUGAAGAAGAUGCAUGGGUUGAUAGUGAUGAUGAAAAAGUCAAUAUAUCAUUAGCAACAUCAGACCGAUUGAAAAAAUUAAGAAAAACUCCAGAAGACAACUACAUAUCAGGAAAAUCAUACAUAAUAAGGCUACGUUCACAAUUUGAAAAGAUAUAUCCAAGACCACAAUGGGCAGAUCAAUUUGGAGAAGAUAAAGAUGUAAAUAGUUCAGACGAUGAUAUACUUAUAGAUGAUGAAGAAGAAGAAGCAUCAACAAAUUCACAAGCAAACACUGCAAAACUAAACAAAUUAUUGUCAACAACUCAUCAAUUCCUAACUACAAAACAAUUAAAAUUAAUUUCUCCACAAAAUAUAUCCAUAACAAGGUUGAAAGAUGCAAAUCAUCAGAAACUUUCUAAGGCAGCAAUUCAAGCAAUAUCAUUUCACCCUACUCAUUCAAUAUUAUUAACAGCCGGAUUCGACAAAACAAUACGACUUUAUCAAAUCGAUGGUAAAACAAAUAAUUUUAUAACAUCAUACUAUCUCAAAAAUUGUCCAAUAAUGCAAUGUCAAUUUUUCCCCAAUCCAAAUGAAGAAAUAAUAUAUGCAGCAGGUAGAAGAAAAUACAUGAAUAAAAUAAAUUUAAAAACGGGAGAAAUUGAAAAAAUAAGUAGAAUGUACGGACAUGAAGAAAAUCAAAAAUCUUUUGAAAAUUUUAAAAUUAGUUCUAAGGGAAGUUAUAUUGGAAUGAUUGGUAAUUCAGGUUGGUUUAAUUUAAUAAAUGGUAAAACUGGUCAAUGGAUAAAAGGUUUCAAAAUUGAAGGUGUUGUUGUUGAUUUUGAUUUUGAUAAUGAUGAAAAAUUUGUGGUUAUUGUUAAUUCAGCAGGUGAUGUCUGGGAAUUUUCAUUAAGUGGGAAAUUAUCUUCAAAAUCUGAAAAUAAAAUUUUAAGGAAAUGGUCAGAUGAUGGUGGUGUUGGGAUAACCAAAAUAAAAUUAGGUGGAAAGAAUUCAAGAUGGGUUGCAAUUGGUUCAAAUAAUGGUUAUAUCAAUUUAUAUGAUAGAAAUAUUUUCACAGAUACUGCCAAUCCAAAACCUUACAAGACUAUAGAAAAUUUAGUAACUUCAAUAUCUUCUUUGGUGUUUAAUCCAGAUGGUCAAUUAUUAUGUAUUGCUUCAAGAGCUAAAAGAGAUGCAUUGAAAUUAGUACAUGUACAAACUGGAUCUGUUUUUAGUAAUUGGCCAACCAGUGGUACACCUUUGGGAAGAGUUACUAGUGUAGUUUUUUCACCAAAUAAUGAAAUUUUGGCAAUUGGAAAUGAAGCUGGUAAAGUAACUUUAUGGAGAUUAAACCAUUAUUAG